GGUGGGACAGAAGCUUUGGCUUUGUCUAAUGGAUGGCCGCGGCUGGGUGACUGAGAAGUCUUCACGGCGACACGUCUCAGAGGUGAACGAUGAGGGCUCUCAAUAUAAGGGGCAAAAACUCAUUGUGGACCCGCGCUUGGACAAAAAGGUGAAACUGUCUCCUGCACCUCUCACCUUUGGUUCGAUAGCUGGUGCACCGGAAUUGGUUGCUGGCAUGGUGGUCACAGUUCUUCGACAGGUACAAGUACUUGCAGCCUCCCCCACAGACAAGAAGAAAGAGAUGUGGGCCAGAUAUUACAAGGUAGAAGACGAGAGGAAAAUCGAAGGUUGGCUUGGCGAACUCAGGAUGCACUGCGGCUUCAAAGGCUCUGAUCAAGGACAGCCCGUCCUUUGUGAAUUCAAGGCGGGUGGCUUUCACAAUCCUAAUCAGCAGGGGAGGCCAUGCUGGGUCUCGGUGCAAAGCAAAUCUUCAGUGUCACUCUUGCAGGGCCCUAGCAGGUUUCGGACCGCUGGAAAGAAUCUGAUUUGCGGUGACUUCGUGGAGGCUGUGGAAGAAGUCGUCGCCUGCGGGCAGACCUUCUACAGGCUGGUAGACGGGCAUUGGGUUGCCAGGGAAGAUUCAAGUGGAAAGGUCGCAUGUGACCUCCUGGUGAGAGAAAGCCACAAGUGGAUCUAUGUUUGCAACGACAAGGACGGAGCGCAGGUUCGGGAGACCCCAACUCGGUCAAAUGCGAAGAACAGGGGGAAGAGGCUGAAAUACAGGCAACGUGUGAACAUCUCGGAGAAGGUCACCACCUAUGCCAACGAGGUCUUCUUGAAGCUCGCUGAUGAGAAGAAAGGUUGGGUCCCAGCGACCAAGCUCAACUCCAGCGUGGUGAAGAUGGCCGGGCUCCUCUUCAACCUCUGGAGCAAAACACAAGGCUCCACGGCUGGGCAGGGCUGUGCUGUGGGGGGCCUCCCAUGGGUGCUCCUGGUGGCCCCCAGCCUUGUGGCCCCGGCCAGCCUUGUGGCCCCGGCCAGCCUUGUGGCCCCGGCCAGCCUUGUGGCCCCUGUGGAGCUGUUCCUUGGAGCGUUUGUUCUGGUGAACGGCUAUGCCAAUGGUUACGGCUACGGUGCUGCGCCACAGCAGAGUUAUGCUCCGCCAGCCACUCAAUAG